AUGUUCGUGUUCUACAGUCAAGGGAGGGGGUGGCACAUGAGGCAAAGACGGAAGAAGAUAUUUCGAGAGAAAUUUCCCGGGGUGGUUGGCCUGGAACAACCGCAAGUCCCCAAUGAUUUUCUUGUUAUGGAAUUGUCAAGGUCUUGGGUCAUACCUGACAGUUCGAGCCCUCCAUGGGCUUAUCCGAAAACACCAUCCCUCUGCAAUUAUCUUGAUGGAAACGAAGAUGAAAACUAG